AUGACCUAUUGUUAUUCACAUUCAGUCGGUCCACUGUACGGUGGUUGGAAAGGGGGUUCACUCUUCUCUACUGAUUCGAGAAAAAUUGUGACAAGAAUAAUGAAGUCUAACUCUCAUGACAAGUUAUUCCACUUGAAAGAAUACAAUUGCAAUAACAUUAGACGGUGUCUACGUGAACUACGUGUGAAACGAGAUCCAAGUACCACUGAGAUGGAUUCCUUAGAUAGCAGCAUCGGUGCUGUACACUCCAACUGCAUACGUAAGAUUCAAGUAACAGCGAAGGAAUGCGGCGAACAUCUGAAGGUUGCCAACAUUCUUAGUGUUAACAAAUUGAAACAAAAUUUGAAAAGUACUUUGGAAGCGUUAACUGCACAAAAUGACUGUCUCAUCUGCUCUAUUAAUACAAAUAUCAAUGAUGCAGAAUGCUUGGUUCCUUCUAUGACACAAGAAAUAAUCUGCAAGCAGUUCACUGCAUUCAUGCACAUCCUCUCAAACACUAACACUCAAAAAUUAACUUUAAAUACUUCUUCAUACAUUAAUUCAAAGGAAAAAAUUGAUACAAUCAAUUUCGCUAUGCACUGGUUGAAGAACUCAACAGCACAUUUAUUACCAUUCCUGGAUACCAUGAUAGGACCACUCUAUGUCACGACACUGUCACCAAAUCAACUGAUAGCACUGAUACGACACCUUCGACAUCUCUGUCAAGAAGUUCCCUAUUUAGCAGAUGUGAGUACAACGGAAUCAGAGUGUAAAGAUACGGAAAUUAGGAGUUCCGAACUGAAUGCUUUGAAGUACAUUACUGAAAUCAACAAAUUAUCAAGUCUCGAGGAUCUAAUUAAGAUAUAUCAGCCCACUAAUGUCCACACCCAUACCUUUACGCCAGCCGAUGACAUCUCUGGACAACGACAAAUUCAUGCUUUCCCAACAAAGCACAGAAUUUCACAAGGACAACAAUUCUUCCAAUAUUCCGUUGACAUUGCCGAAGAGAUGGAUGGAAUGACGGAGCGUUGUGUGCUUUGUCCGGAAAGUCUACUGCAAGUCGACAAAUCUUCUGAGCAAUUCCAUGGCUUAUUAUUCCCGAAAAGGACGCGAUUAGCAGCUGCAGGGACAUUCGACCAAAAAAGUAACCAUACGAUGAGGCCUCACUCAAACAACUUUCGAGACUUCAGUAGUACACGGAAUCAGUGCCUUUUAAGACAGAGUGAUACCAUGACGGCAGCAAGUGCGGAAGAACGGACAGUUGGACGGAAUGCCUUUAGCAGUGACAGUCUUGCUGCAAUUCAGGAGACACAGAAUCUAUUCUCGGAUAAAUUCACCGGGAGAUCUCGGGAAAUGACCCGACCAUGUGCUUUUGAGCCCGGAACUACCAACAAGUUUAGUCAGACACCAACACCACUUUCAAAUCAUCCGAGAAUUGCUGAACAUUCACAAACUUCUAUUGGAGCAGGAAUAAAUUCAUUGUCACCGUCUACGGAAACUAUCAAUCGAAAUUUGCAUAGUGUGGAAAGUAUUACAGACAUUGCAAAUAUACCAAAGCAAUUCUACUGCAAAAAAUAUUUCACACCAAAUCUGAAUCAUUAUCGGGGCGGUGGUAGAGCUAUCUAUAAUCUAACAGAACGAAUCAGACAAGCAAAGGAAAAAUUUUAUUGUUCAGGUGGUUUGCAAACCAUGAACCAUUAUGCAUCUCAAAAACAAAACUUUACUGAUAUUGGUGACAUAACAAAUCCAUUUUCUAUGAACUAUUACGAAAAAAACCCAAGUGGAGCUUCCAGAAGUGGUCCAUACAGAACGGAAAGUUUGGCAGAUAUGAAAGCUAUACCGGAUCCAUUUUCUCCGAAAGGAUUGUCAACUGGACAACAGUAUUUCGGAAAUGUUGAUAUCACUAAAAAAACGGCCAACACUCAAGAAUACAUAACACAACCUUACGCUCGCUACACUCCUUCCGAAAUUGAGGACAUCAAUGCGUAUCCUGAGUUUGUACGUGAAGAUCAAGCGAUUGGUAAGAAGGCGCUUACUCGUGAGGAAUGCGAAGAAUUACGUGGAAUUUCACCGAUCACUGAUAAGGAACAGAGAAAAUCGCCCAUUAUUAAUCGAUACGAGCUGUCGGAUGAUGAACUAAAUGACCUUAAAAAUUUGCCGGAUAUUGUUGAUUCGCAAUACGCAAUCGGACGUGGCAUACGUUCCGAAGAGGAAAUUCAAGAAAUUCAGGCACUGCCGGACAUUCACUCAUAUUCUCCUGUAUCGGAUUGGAAACUGCUCACAAAAAGCAACCGUUCUACUAGCGGUCUGGCAAAUUCCGGUUUACAAUCUGCAUACGUCGCACCUGACAUGCGCUCUCACCACUUCGACUCACCUGUUUCAUCGGAAUAUAUUAUGCAUCGACAAUAA